AUGAAUAGAAAUCUGAACAACUUGAAGGGCAUACAGACAACCGAUGUAAGUCAUUGGUGUAAUCAGUCUACCCCUUACACAUUCAGUCAAACCCCCUACAUAGUCAGCCUACACCCUAUAAGUCAGUCUACACCCUAUACGUCAGUCUACCCCCUACACAGUCAGUAUACACCCUACAUAGUCAGCCUACACCCUAUAAGUCAGUCUACCCCCUACAUAGUCAGCCUACACCCUAUAAGUCAGUCUACCCCCUACAUAGUCAGCCUACACCCUAUAAGUCAGUCUACCCCCUACACAUCAGUCUACUCCCUACACAGUCAGUCUACCCCGUACAAAGUCAGUCUACACCCUACACAGUCAGUCUACACCGAUCACAGUCAGUCCAUAGUCAGUCUACCCACUACACAGUCAGUAUACCUCUGUAACAUCAGUCUACCCACUACACAGUCAGUCUACCCCCUAGAUAAUCAGUCUACCACAUACGCAGUCAGUCUACCCCCUAGACAGUCAGUCUAUUCCCUACACAGUCAGUCUACCCCCUACAUAAUCCGUCUACCCACAUACACAUUCAGCCUACCCCCCUACACAGUCAGUCUCUCCCAUAAACCGUUAGUCACCCCGUCUACACAGUCAGUCUACCCCCUACACAGUCAGUCUAACCCCAUAGACAGUCAGGUUACCCCACACAGUCUGUCUACCCCCUACACAGUCUUCCUUAAACACAGUCAGUCUACCCCCAUACACAGUCAGUCUACCCCCUACACAAUCAGUCUACCCCAUACAUAG